GUUAAACUUGCAAUGAGUUUAUUUGAUUCUACAAAUGAAAAUAUAAGGCAAGUUAUAAUAAAUUUAAAGCUUGGAAGAUUAAUUAAUACAGCAAUAGCGAAAACCAAUUAAAUGAAUUCGAACACGAAGCCAAUUAACGAAUUAACGAUCGUCAUUAGUUUAAUAUUAAAACACAGUUGACGUUAUUCAUGGCGUUAUCAAAUAAGGAUCAAAUAUGGUAUUGGCGAAGACUAAGAGAAAAAAUGCAACUUAAAUACAAAUUAAAAUCCGAACCAGAAAUAUACGAUUCAAAUGAUGAAGAACAGCCUACAACUUCCAAACAAAAUAGACAAAUGUUAAAAGUUAUCAAUAUAAAAACAGAUACAAGCGAACAAAAUACACAAAAAGAUAGAAGAUGCCAUUCAACGGUUACGGAUACAGAUAGUGAUGAUGAAGAAAUACUUCCAGUUUCAACAUCUGUGUCUGGAAUGUUGCCAAAAUGUCAAAUUCUACAAAAGCUACAAACGACAUUGCCAACUACAACAACAAAACAACAGCAACAACAGAUACAAUCGCCAACUAUUUUGUCUAACAAUUCAUCUGCAUUAAUAGCAUUUCAACAAUUGGCAUCAAUUUCCUCAGCUCAAUCCCUUAAAAGCUUUUUACCUAACCUGCCAAAGCAUUUAAUCAAUAGCGAUAGUUUGGUACAAACUAAUCGUACUGGUAAAUUACCGAGACAAAGUACAAAGCGUUUAUCACAAUUUGAAGCAAACCGUUGUCCACUUUGUUCGCGUGUCUACCGUUCCCAAGCCUUUCUGAAUGAGCACAUGCGUAAGGAACACUCCAUUUUAAUAUAAAUAGGUAUUGUGGAGACUUUCGGAAAUUAGAAAAGAAUUUUUCAAAAAUUUUUAUUAUAAAAAUUAUAAUAUUCAUAAAGGU